AUGGCGGCACAUCAACCGUUACGAGCACUGAAACAAAAACAGACACCAUUACGCAAACUAGCACAGAAUCAGACACUGUUAGUGACUGUACCAGCACCGUUACUACAGGUGUUCAAACCGUUACGAGCACUGAAACAGAGACAGACACCAUUACAGAAUCAGACACUGUUAGUGACUGUACCAGCACCGUUACUACAGGUGUUCAAACCGUUACGAGCACUGAAACAGAGACAGACACCAUUACAGAAUCAGACACUGUUAGUGACUGUACCAGCACCGUUACUACAGAAACAGACACCAUUACGCAAACAAGUACGAGCACAGAAACAGACACCAUUACUCAAACAAGCACCAUUACUCAAAAUGGCGGGACAUCAACCGUUACGAGUACUGAGAAAGAAACAGAUACUAUUACGCAAACAAGCACCGUUACGAGCACAGAAACGGGCACCAUUACUCAAACAAGCACCGUUACAAGCACUGUUACUCAAAAUGGCGGGACAUCAACCGUUACGAGCACUGAGAGAGAAACAGACACCAUUACGCAAACAAGCACCGUUACGAGCACAGAAACGGGCACCAUUACUCAAACAAGCACUGUUACGAGCACUGAGAAAGAAACAGACACCAUUACGCAAACAAGCACCGUUACGAGCACACAAACGGGCACCAUUACUCAAACAAGCACCGUUACUCAAACAAGCACUGUUACUCAAACAAGCACCGUUACUCAAAAUGGUGGCACAACAACCGUUACGAGCACUGUUAAUGGUGGCACAACAACCGUUACAAGCACUGUUAAUGGUGGCACAACAACCGUUACAAGCACUGUUAAUGGUGGCACAACAACCGUUACAAGCACUGUCAAUGGCGGCACAACAACCAUUACGAGCACUGUUAAUGGCGGCACCGUUACGAGUACGAGCACUGUAA